AUAUUAGUAUUUAAUAAAAUGCCUUUCUAUGGAGAUUAGCGCUUCCAAACACGAGUCUAAGGAACCAUUCCCGCUUAUUCAGGUCUAUGUUCUGUGUUUGUUCCUUAAACUAAACUUAUAUUAAUUUUUCGAGUCUCGUGAAUUCCGGUUUGUCUUUGAGUCAUACUGGUUCCUCUAAUGAAAUCACACCUGAAUUCAUGGGGUUCCAAAGCACUAGGUUUAGUUCUGUGUUCAUGUAAUCUAUUCUGUCACACCUUGUCUGGGUGUCUCUUUUAUAUAUAAGUGUAAGUGCUGCAAAGAAGGUGAUGGGUUAAUUGUUUCAUUUCAUAGUUGAGACUUUGAGACAUUUUGAUGUGUCAAGGAAAAGCCAAAUUUGUGAACAGUUUCAUAGGACAAAGGCCUAUACAAAGGAAGGGACUAGAAAAGAACUUUUUAACUGAUCGUAACAUUUGAAAAUUUUUCUAAUAUCCAGAAGAAAGAAUGGAAACUGGUGUUCAAUCAGCUUGGAGGGGUAGCUAUUUGCAUGGGCUAGAAAAUGUAGAGGAAGACCAAGAGCUGAAGAUAGUGUCAUCUAAGCCUGCGAUUGCUCAACCACAAACACCACAUGAGCCUAUGGAAUUCUUGUCAAGGUCGUGGAGUCUUUCGGCUUCAGAAAUUUCAAAGGCUCUUGCUGAAAAGCAGAAAGAAUUUUUCCAUGACAAUAACCCCAACACUUGCCCAGAAGUAGUUCUUGUACCACAACUACCAGUCAAAUUAAUAAAUCCUGUUAGUGCUCGGAGGACGGGUUCAUUUGGAAAAUGGUUCUACCACAAAGAGUCUAGUAUCACCACAGUGAAGAAGAAAGACAAGGCACGUGUAGAAAAUGCACACACACAUUCCGCUGUCUCAGUCGCAGGACUAGCUGCGGCCUUGGCUGCCGUGGCUGCAGCAGAAAACUCCAGCAGCUCAGGAUCGAAAAUGAACAUGGCUUUGGCAUCAGCUACAGAACUCUUGGCAUCACACUGCAUUGAGUUAGCUGAAUUAGCUGGAGCUGAUCACGAUCGUGUGGCUUCUGUUGUCAGAUCAGCAGUUGAUAUUCGAAGUCCUGGUGAUCUAAUGACUCUCACAGCUGCAGCUGCAACAGCUUUGCGGGGAGAAGCAGCUCUGAAAGCAAGAUUGCCAAAAGAAGCAAAGAAGAAUGCAUCUAUAAGUCCCUAUGAUAGAAGUUUGACAGAGAGCCACUGGUGGAGUGCUGCUUCUCAUAGUCAAAUGGUGGAACAGAGUCCUCCCUUUGUUGGAGAAUUAUUGCAAGUCACACAAAAAGGAAUUUUACAAUGGAAGCAUGUCUCUGUCUACAUCAACAAGAAAUCCCAGGUCAUAAUUAAGAUCAAAAGCAAACAUGUUGGAGGAGCCUUCUCCAAGAAGAAUAAGUGUGUUGUUUAUGGAGUUUGUGAUGAGGUUGCUGCAUGGCCGUAUAGAAAAGAAAGGGAAAUUUCAGACGAGGUCUAUUUCGGCCUCAAAACUGCACAAGGUCUUCUAGAGUUCAAGUGCAAGAACAAGAAUCAUAAGCAGAAAUGGGUUGAUGAAAUUCAGAAUCUUCUUCGUCGAGUUAGCUGCAUUGAAGCAACUGAAGGCUCUCUAGAAUUUCUUAGUGCUAGUAAUAGUAUAUGAUGUAUUUUGUGCAUAUGUAGUGAGAAGUAGGACAGAUAACUUACUAGUGCCAUACUCGUAUUUCAUGCGAGAAGAUUUUCUUUUAUACACAUAAUUUUGGAGCACGCAGCGUACUGUUCCUAUGUUUUGUUUUCAGGACAAGAAAUGUGAAAAUUUUUACUUGAGAGUUUUCA